ACUCGGACUCUGGGAAGAGUGCAGCCCACCGCCAGGAAGCAUGAGGCUCAGUGCUGUGGCUCUGCUGCUCUCCGUGCUGAUCAGCAGCCUCUCUCCAGGCCAAGGUAUUCUGGAGGCCUAUAACACUAACUUGAAGUGUAGAUGUAUGCAAGAAACCUCACAAGUCGUCCGCAUACCCAACAUACAUCGACUUCGAAUUCUACCCCCUGGGAACGGUUGCCCAAAGACACAAAUCAUAAUCCAGUUGAGGAAUAAAACAUUGGUAUGCCUGAAUCCUGCAGCCAAAUGGGUGCAACAAUUUGUUGCACGUGUAAAGAGCAGAAAUUUCCAUUCAACUGCAGCGGCUCCGGUGAUGAAGAAGGUCCCCUGAUGCCAAUAUGCUUCCUAAAAAUACCUGUUUUGCCCUUAUCCCUACUCUGGAUUUUAAUCUCCUUCUUGGUUGAAUCCCCUCCCCCCCAAAAAAUAACUUCCUUAUAGAAAUAAGCAUGACGCUCUCUGUAAAAAUAUCUUUGCACAAUCUGAUGGAGCAAAAUCAAGCUCCCUCCCAUGCAGACCCCGAGACACUUGGAUUCCCAUUCUUAUUCUUGAGGAAGGAAAAGCUUUUGAGGAGAGCUGAGGUAUAAAUCACAUAGGAUUUGUUGAUAAUAUACCUGUUGUUUAAUGCUAAACUGUCCUAAAAGAUAAGAGAGUGGGAAUUUCAACCUCAAAUAUGAAUAUGUAGCUUGAAUUAAGAAAAACAUUAUGUAGUAUAUUUUCAAUCAUUUUCCAACCUAAGAAAAGCAAAUUUCCUUGGAAACUUGAAAAACUAUGUGAGAAACAAAUGGAGUGUCAGUGUGACAAGGCCCAGAAGGUUCCACAUAGCAGAUAUGAAAAGCAAUUUUGAGGGCAAUGGGGUGAACCUCCUACUUUUAAAGAGUCCCUUUAUAAGAUGUAUUGUCUCAGAUUAAAACAAAUAACGUUGAAAGAUCCUUAGAUUUAAGAUUGUGGAAUGUGUAGGAAAAGCAUUUGAAAGAUAAUGUUCAGCUGUAUUCUUUUACACAUUUGUCUUGAUGGAUUUUUUUUUAUUCACAUCUUUUGUAUAGACAAAAUACCAAUCCUUGGCGUCAAAUUCCUUAAUGUUUCCUACUCAUCUAUUGCUGGUUAAUAAACUUGAGCAAACAUUUUA